UUAUUUGAUAAAUCACAUAUGACUACUCGCAAUAUUUAAGCAAGGAAGACACUCUAGAAAAAAUUAAUCAACACUGUUAAGGAGGGUGGCCACAGUGAGGAAGGUCGGGAACCCAGCACCCAGCCAGGUCUGUUGGUGUCGUGUAGAUGAGACAAGGGGAAGGCCUAAAUUGUUGGUGUUCAGCUGGUAAAUCAGUGUUUUGAUUUUAAAUAAAUUUGCAACAAUGCCUUGAACUUUCCCAGAGUUGAUCUCUAGAAUGGAGAAGCCAUUAGGUCUCCUCUUUAAAGUCACAAAGUGAUCACUUUCUAACCAGCUGAAAAGCCAAGUUUUCCUGAUUUAUUGGGAAAGACAUGAUAUCUGCUGAGCACUUAUGAAACAAAUAUUUAAGAUGGAAAACUGUAAGGAUGGUAAAGUGGACAGAUCUUGCAUGACAUCACUGCAAAUAUUUCUGAACUGAUUUUAGCUGAUUUAUGAAUAAAUGAUUAUUGCAGUCUUCAGAGUUAAAUAUUUAAAAGUUAGCUCCCUUGUAGAGUUUGUGUAUAAUACAGGGCUAAUUUUCUGUACUGCAGACUUCCACUCUUCAUUUCCUUCUUUUUAAUACAUUGUAAUUAUUAUUCUUAUUCUAUCUUUUUUCAGUUCCCUGCAGGAAAAUUAUUUAAACGUUGUACACAAAUCUUUUGUCAAAGAGGAAAAGAAAAUUCAGUUUGUGGGUCUCAGCAGGAGUUAAGCUAAUGCAGCUUAAAAUAAUGCCGAAAAAGAAGCGCUUAUCUGCAGGCAGAGUGCCCCUGAUUCUCUUCCUGUGCCAGAUGAUUAGUGCAUUGGAAGUACCUCUCGAUCCAAAACUUCUUGAAGACUUGGUACAGCCUCCAACCAUCACUCAACAGUCUCCAAAAGACUAUAUUAUUGACCCUCGGGAGAACAUUGUAAUCCAGUGUGAGGCCAAGGGGAAGCCUCCUCCCAGCUUUUCCUGGACUCGUAAUGGCACUCAUUUUGACAUAGAUAAAGACCCACUAGUCACCAUGAAGCCUGGCUCAGGAACGCUCAUAAUCAACAUCAUGAGUGAAGGGAAAGCAGAGACCUAUGAAGGCGUCUAUCAGUGCACGGCGAGAAAUGAACGCGGAGCUGCGAUUUCUAAUAACAUCGUCAUCCGCCCAUCCAGGUCACCCUUGUGGACCAAAGAAAAACUUGAACCAAUGAUACUUCGAAAUGGUCAACCUUUAGUACUUCCCUGUAGACCCCCAAUUGGAUUACCACCACCUAUAAUAUUUUGGAUGGAUAAUUCCUUUCAAAGACUUCCACAAAGUGAGAGGGUUUCUCAAGGUCUGAAUGGAGACCUUUAUUUUUCUAAUGUCCUCCCAGAGGAUACCCGCGAAGAUUAUAUCUGUUAUGCCAGAUUUAAUCACACUCAAACCAUACAGCAGAAACAACCUAUUUCUGUGAAGGUGAUUUCAGUGGAUGAAUUGAAUGACACUAUAGCUGCUAAUUUGAGUGACACUGAGUUUUAUGGUGCUAAAUCAAGUAGAGAGAGACCUCCAACAUUUUUAACUCCAGAAGGCAAUGCAAGUAACAAGGAGGAAUUAAGAGGAAAUGUGCUUUCACUAGAGUGUAUUGCAGAAGGACUGCCUACUCCAAUUAUUUACUGGAUAAAAGAGGAUGGAAUACUACCAAUCAACCGGACAUUUUAUAGGAACUUUAAAAAAACCUUGCAGAUCAUUCAUGUUUCAGAAGCAGAUUCUGGGAAUUACCAAUGUAUAGCAAAAAAUGCAUUAGGAGCCAUUCAUCAUACCAUUUCUGUCACAGUUAAAGCGGCUCCGUACUGGAUCAUGGCACCUCAGAAUCUUGUGCUGUCCCCAGGAGAGGAUGGGACCCUGAUCUGCAGAGCUAAUGGCAACCCCAAACCCAGAAUUAGCUGGUUAACAAAUGGAGUCCCAGUAGAAAUUGCCCCGGAUGACCCCAGCAGGAAAAUAGAUGGUGAUACCAUUAUUUUUUCAAAUGUUCAAGAAAGAUCAAGUGCGGUAUAUCAGUGCAAUGCCUCUAAUGAAUAUGGAUAUUUGCUGGCAAAUGCAUUUGUAAAUGUGCUGGCUGAGCCACCACGAAUUCUUACAUCUGCAAACACACUCUACCAAGUCAUUGCAAACAGGCCUGCUUUACUAGAUUGCGCCUUCUUUGGGUCUCCUCUACCUACCAUUGAGUGGUUUAAAGGAGCUAAAGGAAGUGCUCUUCAUGAAGAUAUUUAUGUUUUACAUGAAAAUGGAACUUUGGAAAUUCCUGUGGCCCAAAAGGACAGUACAGGAACUUAUACAUGUGUUGCAAGGAAUAAAUUAGGGAUGGCAAAGAAUGAUGUUCACUUAGAAAUCAAAGAUCCAACUAGGAUCAUUAAACAGCCUGAAUAUGCAAUUGUGCAAAGAGGGAGCACAGUGUCCUUUGAAUGCAAAGUAAAACAUGAUCAGACCUUAGUCCCCACUGUCAUGUGGCUGAAGGACAAUGGUGAGCUGCCCAGUGAUGAAAGGUUUACUGUUGACAAGGAGCAGCUGGUGGUAGCUGAUGUAAGUGACGAUGAUGGUGGGACCUACACCUGUGUGGCCAACACAACUCUAGACAGCGUUUCUGCCAGUGCUGUGCUGAGUGUGGUCGCUCCUACUCCAACUCCAGCUCCCAUUUACGAUGUCCCAAAUCCUCCCUUUGAUUUAGAAUUGACAAACCAACUUGACAAAAGUGUUCAGCUGUCAUGGACCCCAGGCAAUGACAAUAACAGCCCUAUCACAAAAUUCAUCAUUGAAUAUGAAGAUACAAUGCACCAGGCAGGGCUGUGGCACUACCAAGCUGAAGUUUCUGGAACACAGACUACAGCCCAGCUGAAGCUGUCUCCUUACGUGAACUACUCCUUCCGAGUGAUGGCAGUGAACGGCAUCGGGAGGAGCUUGCCCAGCCAGGCGUCGGAACAGUAUCUGACGAAAGCUGCAGAACCAGAUACAAAUCCCACGGCCGUGGAAGGACUAGGAUCAGAGCCUGAUAAUUUGGUGAUUACGUGGAAGCCCUUGAAUGGUUUCGAAUCCAAUGGGCCAGGCCUUCAGUACAAAGUUAGCUGGCGCCAGAAAGAUGGUGACGAUGAAUGGACGUCUGUGUUUGUGGCAAAUGUAUCCAAAUAUAUUGUCUCAGGCACACCAACUUUUGUUCCAUACCUGAUAAAAGUUCAGGCUCUGAAUGAUGCGGGGUUUGCUCCAGAGCCAGCUGUAGUCAUGGGACAUUCUGGAGAAGACCUCCCAAUGGUGGCUCCUGGAAAUGUGCGUGUGAAUGUGGUGAACAGUACCUUAGCCGAGGUGCACUGGGACCCAGUACCUCUGAAGAGCAUCCGAGGACAUCUGCAAGGCUAUCGGAUUUACUACUGGAAGGCACAGAAUUCAUCUAAGAGAAACAGACGUCACAUUGAAAAAAAGAUCCUCACUUUCCAAGGCAGCAAGACUCAUGGCAUGUUGCCUGGGCUGGAGCCCUUCAGCCACUACACGCUGAACGUUCGCGUGGUCAAUGGGAAAGGGGAGGGACCGGCCAGCCCUGACAAAGUCUUUAAUACUCCAGAAGGAGUCCCCAGUGCUCCCUCAUCUUUGAAGAUUGUUAAUCCUACACUUGAUUCUCUCACUUUGGAAUGGGAUCCACCAAGCCACCCGAAUGGCAUUUUGACCGAGUAUACCUUAAAAUAUCAGCCAAUUAACAGCACACAUGAAUUGGGCCCUCUGGUAGAUUUAAAAAUUCCUGCCAACAAGACACGCUGGACUUUAAAAAACUUAAAUGUCAGCACUCGAUAUAAGUUUUAUUUCUAUGCACAAACAUCAGCAGGAUCAGGAAGUCAAAUUACAGAGGAAGCAGUAACAACUGUGGAUGAAGCUGGUAUUCUUCCACCUGAUGUAGGUGCAGGCAAAGUUCAAGCAGUAAAUCCCAGGAUCAGCAAUCUUACUGCCGCAGCUGCUGAGACCUAUGCCAAUCUCAGUUGGGAAUAUGAGGGACCAGAGCAUGUGAACUUUUAUGUUGAAUAUGGUGUAGCAGGCAGCAAAGAAGAAUGGAAAAAAGAAAUUGUAAAUGGUUCUCGGAGCUUCUUUGGGUUAAAGGGUCUAAUGCCAGGAACAGCAUACAAAGUUCGAGUUGGUGCUGAGGGGGACUCUGGUUUUGUGAGUUCAGAGGAUGUGUUUGAGACAGGCCCAGCAAUGGCAAGCCGGCAGGUGGAUAUUGCGACUCAGGGCUGGUUCAUAGGUCUAAUGUGUGCCGUCGCUCUCCUUAUCUUAAUCUUGCUGAUUGUUUGCUUCAUCAGAAGAAACAAGGGUGGUAAAUAUCCAGUUAAAGAAAAGGAAGAUGCCCAUGCUGAUCCUGAGAUCCAGCCUAUGAAAGAAGAUGACGGAACUUUUGGAGAAUACAGUGAUGCAGAAGACCACAAGCCUUUGAAAAAAGGAAGUCGAACACCUUCAGACAGGACUGUGAAAAAAGAAGACAGUGAUGACAGCCUAGUUGACUACGGAGAGGGGGUGAACGGCCAGUUCAAUGAGGAUGGCUCCUUUAUUGGACAAUACAGUGGUAAGAAAGAGAAAGAACCAGCUGAAGGAAAUGAAAGCUCAGAAGCACCUUCUCCUGUCAACGCCAUGAAUUCCUUUGUUUAAUUUUUAAGCUCUUUGCCAAUAUUCCAUUUCUCUAGAACGUUUAUGUUAAGCACUUGUUUUUCAGCCCUCAUACUGUGAACAUAUAGGCAGAAAGUAUUUUUCUGAUGUAUGUUAAUAUUAUGAAAACAGUUCGAGCAAGAAUAUAACUCAGUCAAUAUGUUAACGAUAUGUUGAUGUGAACUAGAGUGCAAAGUGCAUACUUUUUCAUUCAAAAUGGGUAUUCUUGAUCUCCUCAGAACUGGUAAAAAAAUAAUACAGCAUCAUCAACAGAUCAUUUUAUUUCCUCUUCAAGAGAAAGUUCAAUAUGAUGCAUGAAAAAUGCUACACAUUUAAAAGACAUACCUAUGUAUGUUAUUAAAAAAUGGUUUGAUACUUCAUUUCUACUCUCCUCAGCUGAAACCCUGAGUAUGAAUUCCGUUCUCAUUGUCAAGAGUGUUACUGUAGUAUUCUCUAGAACUUCAAUGUCUUUGUGGACAUUGUCGUGAAAUUGGUGACUCUAUGUCUAGCUGUCGUUAGUCUUUUUGGGAGACUGUUAGGAACACUAUGUACAGUAUAUACUUGCUAAAUGAGUUAAUUAUGACAGUUGCACUUGCUGAUGCUUACUGAGACUCUGUCACCUGCUCUUUGCUCCUGUUAUUCCGUAGGCUUCUUAAUCUUCCAGGUAUUACGGCAGCACAUUGUUCUACUUCUUACAUCAUCUCUAUGGUCAGUUGUUUUUAGGCAUAAACAAUGUGCAUUACAAUGCAUUUCGGUACUUGUGCCAUACUGAAAGAAUCGAAAACGCAUCUCUCAAUUAAAUUUCAAAAAUUAGGUCAGAAAACACAGGGCAAGACACAUGCAGUGCCUUCAGACAAUAAGCAUUCCAUAACAUACUGCAUUCUGUGUCGGCUGGUACAGGCAACUCUGAGUCCUAGAUUACUGUCAUUGUCUAAAAGUAACUUUUAAAAAGCAGAGAUAAUGAAAACUGCAAUGCUGAAAAAAAGGAAAUGUGAAAAUGAAAAUAAUAAAACAUAUUAUUUUAAGAAGCAUUUCCCCAGAAGUAUAAAAAGAAAAGCUUCAUCACCAACUGGAGCACAUGAUGAUUUUAUGGUCUUUUAUGGUUUCUGUUAAAACAAGUUACAUUCAGUAAGAAAGAGGUCAACAUGGUAGAAAAUUAAUUUUAAAAACAGAAAGUUUUUCCACAACUAAAAGGAUACAACAGCAUGCCAACAGUAACACAUUAUUCUCUAAGACUUUACCUAUGUGAGCUUUUGAAACUCUCUGCAGCAUUAAGCAAUGUGUAUGCAAAUUGCUAUGGACACAUUUCAGAAUCUAAGAAAUCUAACAAGUGCUUAAAAGGCCAGCAGUCAAAGGGAUUCCAUCUGCAGUUAAAAAAAUAAAUAUAUAUAUAUAUUCUAUCAUAUUCAUAAACAAUAUCUAUCAAAUGGUUUACCUCCAAAUAUGAAAAUCUAUAACAACCUAUGGUUGAAGGAAUGCUCAGUUUCAUUUGCCAAUAAAUUGGUUUCUCAUAACUUGCAUCAAGUUUAAUUUUAAGUAAAGCUUUUUAUAUGUAGAUAUUUUGUUGAAUUUGUAAAUACACUUAAAGUGUAGAUGCUAUAUGCUUAUAGGUGUUACAUACAAAUAAACAUGCAAACAAUGUUUAUGUUGUACUGUAUAAGAAGUAAGCUAAUUAAUGCAAUGCAUAGGAUUUGGAAAGCAUCUACUUAAAUACCUUUUGGGUUUUUUCCCCCCUUUUUGCUGUGAAACUGAAAUAGUAAACUUUUCUACAUAUUGACAGCAGGUUUCUAGAUGAAAUCUUCAGAGCUUUGCCUACAGGGCACAGUAGGCCUAGUCACCUGGCAUCUUUGGUAUGUAUAGGUAAAGCAUAGUUUGAAGUAAUCCCAGAUAAAGAUGGCCCUAAAUACUUUCAUGUCUCCAUAUUCACUUUUCACAGAUCAACCUGUCUAUUGGAAAUACAAAAAAGACAAAACAGGCUUGCCUGGGCAUCAGAGAGCACAGAGAUAAAAGUUACUUUAAAUUUGCCAAUGUUUUGGGAGAACAAUCAAAGUAUAAUUUUUACUCUUCCGUCAUGGUAGAUGCUAAAUUUAUCUGUGCAUGAAGGGGUCACUUCUGUAAUAGUGCAACAGAUUUUGUAUUAAAAAUUAAAUGUGGUUUUAAAAGUCCCUCUCUUCUCUCUUUUGUAAUUUAUCAUGUUCCUAGUGGAGUGCGAAUAUUCACCCAGGUAAUGAUAUAUGUAACGGGACAGGCAAAUGUGAUUGGAUUUCCAUCAAAAAAGCAACUAUUAAACAGUCUUGAUCUCUU